CUCCCCGGAGCUGCGGGGCAGUCGGACGCGGAGCAGCCAAGCUGCAAGGACGCCUGGUUGGAAGCUGCCCGUCGGCAGCCGAGCCGGAGUCUCCCUCCUGACCCCGCGCCGCUAGGCGCUGGGCAGGCAUCCCCGCUGCCCUCGCUCCGCGUCUUCCCGGUCCUGCUCUGCGCCCUCCUCCCGACAGGUCCUACAGCCUCCUCCACCGCCGGGUGCGGCGGGGCCGCCACGAUGCGGCGGCUGUGCCGGGGCCGCGUCCUGGGCAUCUCGGUGGCCAUCGCGCACGGGGUCUUCUCGGGCUCCCUCAACAUCCUGCUCAAGUUCCUCAUCAGCCGCUACCAGUUCACCUUCCUGACCCUGGUGCAGUGCCUGACCAGCUCCACGGCGGCGCUGAGCCUGGAGCUGCUGCGGCGCCUCGGGCUCAUCGCCGUGCCCCCCUUCGGCCUGAGUCUGGCGCGCUCUUUCGCCGGGGUGGCCGUGCUCUCCACGCUGCAGUCCAGCCUCACGCUCUGGUCCCUGCGCGGCCUCAGCCUGCCCAUGUACGUGGUCUUCAAGCGCUGCCUGCCCCUCGUCACCAUGCUCAUCGGCGUCCUGGUGCUCAAGAACGGCGCGCCUUCUCCAGGGGUGCUGGCGGCCGUGCUCAUCACCACCUGCGGCGCCGCCCUGGCAGGAGCCGGCGACCUGACAGGUGACCCCAUCGGGUACGUGACGGGCGUGCUGGCGGUGCUGGUGCACGCAGCCUACCUGGUGCUCAUCCAGAAGGCGAGCGCCGACACCGAGCACGGGCCGCUCACUGCGCAGUACGUCAUCGCUGUGUCGGCCACCCCGCUGCUGGUGGUCUUCUCCUUCGCCAGCACCGACUCGAUCCAUGCCUGGACCUUCCCGGGCUGGAAGGACCCAGCUAUGGUCUGCAUCUUCGUGGCCUGUAUCCUGAUCGGCUGCGCCAUGAACUUCACCACGCUCCACUGCACCUACAUCAACUCAGCGGUGACCACCAGCUUCGUAGGGGUGGUGAAGAGCAUCGCCACCAUCACGGUGGGCAUGGUGGCCUUCAGCGACGUGGAGCCCACCUCUCUGUUCAUUGCUGGUGUGGUGGUGAACACCCUGGGCUCCAUCAUUUACUGUGUGGCCAAAUUCUUGGAGACCAGGAAGCAAAGCAACUACGAGAAUCUGGAGACAAUGCAACUCCCGGGAGAGGAGGCUCAACGGAGUGGAGGCCAGCUGCCAUUCGUCAUGGAGGAGCUGCCAGCAGAGGGUGGCAAUGACGGGUCAGAAGGUGGGAAGGCAGCAGGUGGUUCGGAUCCGCAGGGUAGGCAAGGGGCGCAGGGCAGCCCCAGCGGAGCCCCGCUGGCGGUUAGCAGUGCUCAGAUGUCCGAUGAAAUGAGCAAGAGGUCAUUGAAGGAUGCGUAUCUCAACGUGUGGAGGUUAGUUAGGGGAACCAAGUACAUGAAGAAGGAUUAUUUGAUAGAAAAUGAGGAGUUACCCAGCCCCUGAAAAGGAACCGUGUGUAUGUAUAUAAAAUAUAUACAUACACUUAUUUUAUAUGUUACAGACGACAUAUUUUGAUGAGGGCCCCAUCCUAUUUACUUCUGUAGGGAGUAGGGAGGGGAAGCUAAGAAAGAAAUUCAGAGGGACAAAGGUGCAACAAAUUAGCACCUGUUUAAAUUAUUUAGCCUGAGUUUCUCUGAGGCAUUGAAGAGACAAAAGAAUGAGGUGGCUGUUUAAGCUGCAGGCUCCUGGCACAUUGGAUUUUUUUGUCAUUAUUACUACAACCAAGUACUUGCAUGUAUCAAAGUCCCUCAACCAGUCCUCAUUCAAAAAUGGAGUACAGAAUCCAUCCACAGCUCAAAGGUUACACACAGGGCAUAUUUUGAUGGUAGUCAGAAUUACAAUCUUUGUGACCAUCUGGGCAAAGAUUUUUUACUGACAUGACAUCUAUAUACAUUUAAUUUAUGUUUACUGUUUAUAGGCAUUUGAAAUACUAUGUUUACUCUUUUUUAUUUCUUUUUUUAAUAAGUACUAUAUUAUUCUAUUAUAUAUACUGGUAGAAAUUCUUAAUGCUGUUGGAGAUGAGUUCUCAGCUUUAAUCAUGAAGUUGAGGAUUGGCUUUUGGUGAUUAUAAAAAUAUUUUAAGAGUUGUUUUGCUUCAUGUUAUUUAUUAUGGAAUGGCACAACCCUAUUGAAUACCAGUUUGCCUGUAUCUGAUAUUCUUUCAAUCAAAUGCAGUAGUGGAAAUCUCAUUCAUGGGGAACUGAAGACCAGACAGAAAUGAGAUCAUCCUGUUUAAGCAGCCCCUUCCAAGUCUUCUUGCACAUCCAUGUUACAAAAAGAGUGACUGACUGCUACAUUCACAUUAUGAUAUUUUUCUAUCUUAAAUUUGUCAAAAUAAAGUAUGAGUCUAUAUGCUAAAAAGUAUAUUGUUAGAAUUUUUUUGCAGUCACAUUCAUGUUCUAUUGUUGCUGUUAGGCCAUGGAUGCUUUCUACACCUCGUGUCGACUAUCUGGUAAGUUCCACUCUAUCAGUGACAUCCUAAAUUAGCAGUUUAGAUCCAAACAACGACAAUACAAAAUGUACUCUCCUACCACCACAACAAAAUGCACUCUUUUUUUUAAGGAAGAAAAUUAUAAUAUAGUCAAAUACUAUCUCACGCUGCCUUGCAAAAACUAUCUGAUAGCCACCUUCAGUUAACAAUAAGUUUGGAGUAAAUAUUUGAGUUCAUGGAGGGGGGACAAUUUCCCAUUUGCACCCCCUGUGAGAGAUUCUUAAAGAGUGAAGGCUCUCGGAGCGUUUACCAUCAUAUUCCUAAGGCUCUCAGAUGGUUGAAUCCUGUAUCUUUCUUUUCAAGAAUCAAAACAAAAGUAAAAUCAGGGACUUUUAGCUUUAUCAUGUUGACUCCACAAGCUGAUGAGCUAGUUUAAUUGUGGUGGUUGAUCAUCCUGGCAGACUGGCUUUCACAGGCAAUUGAUUGUUCUAGAAGUAUCACAAUAAGCCACUGAAGAUACAGGAGCUGCAGCUGAGAAUGGUUGCAGUUGAAACCUCAGAUGGCUGCUUUUGGAAAUGGUUGGCUAGGGUUAUAAUGACUUCUUUAAAAGUAAGCAUUAAUUGUAAUGUCAGCAUGUCAGAAUGUGAUGUUCUAUGGCAACUCUGAGAAGCUGAGGAUUAAGGAAGGCAGGAAACUUGAACAAAACAUGUAUUUUCUUAUAAUAUAUAUCAUUGUCAGAUGAAUCACUUGUAUCACUUGUUAUCCCGUUGAUCUUUGAUUUGUUUGAGCGGGCACCAGUAAUGUCUCCAUUUUCCCCUAUCAAGUGCUAGUGUAGCCCAAUGAUAUCUGCUCACUCCAGGAACAGGAUGAGCCUCAAAUCAUUUAUUCAGGGUUUUGACCAAAAAAGUAUUUUAUAUGCCAA